AUGCCCAACCCCCGCAGACCAGCCCCACAAAUCGAGAUCUGGCGCUCAGAAGUCAGCCGCUCCUUCACCCCCACCGAACAAGUAUACACCUCGCCCCCAAUUUCUCUACCAUCAUUCUGGAAGAAGAUUCUUCGUCGCUCUUUUAUCUCGUCUCCUCUGUCUUUGAACAAGAAUUCUAAAGCCGAGGGCCAGAAUGGGGAUAGGACGGAGAUGUAUGAUAAAGGAGCAGGGGUUCACGAAGGGGACAGGGAGAGGGAAAGUAGUUUACAGUUUGGAAGUGAGGAGAGCGAGGAUGAUGUAUUGAGGGAGAGGAGGGAAAGGUUGGAGCGGGCAGCUAGGUUGCUAAGGAGUGGUGGGAAGGAGAAAAAGGAAGAGGAGGGGAGGAGAGAUGGUGGGUGA